AUGUCGGAGGUGACCGUCGGGCAAAACAUGUCAGCGGACGAUAAAGAGGCGAACAAGCAAUCUGUUGGCUCAACGCCAGCAACGUUUGUCGACGAUAUUGACGAGCCAGAGGGCGGCCUGCGAGCUUGGCUCACCGUCAUUGGAGGGUGGAUCAUCUGCUUCUGCACCUUCGGGUACUCGAGUUCGUUUGGUGUAUACCAGAGUUUGUACCUGAAGGCUGGAGCGGGAUCAUCCUCCGGGAUCAGUUGGAUUGGUUCCGUGCAGCUUUGCCUAAUGUUCGCCACUGGCCUUAUAGCCGGUAGAUUGUUCGAUGUCGGAUACUUCCACCACCUGAUGUUCUUCGGUACUUUACUUUACUGCUUUGCGCUCUUCAUGCUGUCGCUAGCACAUUCACAAGACUACUAUCAACUAAUGCUCUCACAAGGCCUUGCGGCCGGAAUUGGCGGCGGGUGUCUUCUGGUCCCCUCCUUGUCUGCCCAAGCGCAACACUGGAAUAAGCGGCGUGCGUUUGCUAUGGGCAUUGUUCUCACAGGCACCGGAAUUGGCGGUAUCGUGUAUCCCAUCAUGAUCAACCAAUUGUUCCAAACUUCUGCAGGUUUCGCGUGGACUGUCCGCUACACUGCGUUCAUGACUCUCGGAUUACUCGUCAUCGCUAACUGCAUUAUGACAACGCGUAUGCCCAGCGCCAAAGAGCUCCAAAAUCGCCGUAGCCCGGAUAUUAUGUCGAUCCUCACAGACACGCCUUACAUGAUCGCCGCUUUAGGGGCCUUCUUCUGUCUUUGGGGCUUAUUCUACCCAUAUUUCUACCUGCAGGUGUUUGUAGAAGAUCAUGGACUUAGCCCCACUCUCGCUUUCUAUACCAUCGCCAUUUUGAACGCUGGAUCCGUUCCGGGGCGUUGUCUCCCCAAUCUGAUUGGAGAUAUCAUCGGACCGUUCAAUGUGUUCAUACCCUGCUGUUUUAUCUGCGGAGCAUUGAUGUUUGCAAUGUUCGGCUGCACCUCACCCGGCGGAGUGAUCGUAUUUUCCAUCUUGUUCGGAUUCUUCUCCGGUGCUUGCAUCGCAAUCAAUCCUCCAGCCCUCGUUAGUCUUUCCAGGAAUAGGGACGAGAUGGGUUUGCGGAUUGGUAUCGGCUAUUUCAUUGCCUCGUUGGCACUGUUGACGGGAACACCUAUAAACGGCGCUCUCUUGAAUCCUGGAAAUAAGUGGGCAAAUCCCACGGUCUUCAGCGGGGUUGUUAUGAUUGUCGGUUCGUUUCUCCUACUUAUCGCACGCCGCGGGGUGGUGGAGAGGAAGCAUACGCAGCGCGUGUAG